AUGUUAAACGAGAUGGAGAACCUGCCGAAGAUUCCUAGCCCAAACCAGAUUGUACCUGUUCGCGAUUUGAGUAUUCUCAAAGAGCCCAGGGGAUUUAUCAAGCCAUUGCAAUGGAUUUUAUCAAUAUUUGCCUUUGCUACAACAUGUAGUGUGGAAACACAAACAGGUUUUUCUGUCUCAUGUCCAAAACUUGAGGAAUAUACAUAUCCAAUUUCAUAUCCAUUUGUUUUAGAUCUAUCAGUCAAAGUACCGGUGUGUGGUUCCAAUAUAGUCCCUAAUGUGGCAAGCUUCACCUAUAGUGGCAAAUCCAGUUCAGAAUUCUAUGUCUUCAUUGGAGUCAUGGCCUUCCUGUACUGCCUUGCUGCACUUGUCGUAUAUGUCUUCUUUGAUGAAGUAUACCGCAAGAACACCAGACUGACCAUCAUUGAUUUCAUAGUGACAGCAGUAUUUGCUCUAAUGUGGUUGAUAUCUUCCUCUGCAUGGGCCCAGGGUGUGACCGACCUCAAGUACUAUUCAGAUCCAACUGAUGGCAUAUUCCUGAAACUCAAAGAAUGUGACAUGAUCUAUAAUAAUUAUACCAUCACCUGCACACCUACAGUAAAACCCAACUUUUCUACUUUGGAUGUCUCCAUUAUUUUUGGUUUCCUGAACACUUUUGUAUGGAUUGGAAAUUUGUGGUUCUUGUACAAGGAGACCCCAUGGUUCAUGGUUCAAGCUGCCCCACCCAUGGAUCCGGGGAUGCCACAAGAAACAGAUCCACAGAGAGUGUAA